AAGGCCAGCAACCACUGAACAUUUCAUUUUGUCUAGAUGGGUGCUCAGGAGUCUAGAGCGCCAAAUGGGCAAGAUGCUCAGCAAGAUCAGGGAGUAUCAGAUUACUAUGAGCUUCUUGGCGUCGAGGAGUCUGCUACUGAUGACGAGAUCAAGCGUGCAUUUCGAAAACUCGCCCUUGUGCAUCAUCCAGACAAGAAUCAGAACGAUGUAGAAGGUGCGACGAAACGAUUCGCCGCGAUCCAACAGGCGUACGAAGUCCUUAGUGAUGAACAGGAGCGCGCUUGGUACGACUCGCACAAAGCCUCAUUGGAACCGGAACCCGACGCAGACGUCAUAUUUGAAGAGAUUCGUCGCGGAGCACCAGCACGGCGAGCGCGAGAUCGAGGGCUCACCACUCGACACCUUCAACAAUUCAUGGACCCUAAGAUAUGGUCCGGGUUCGACGACGGCGCAGACAGCUUUUUCACGCUGUAUCGGAACCUGUUUGACCGACUUGGCCAAGAAGAGGCAGCAAUCUCAGGCAUUGAAUACCCCUCGUUUGGAUACUCCACUUGGACUUGGGCUGGAGCAAGCAAGGACAGCGAGGAUGCCGCUCGAUGGUUUUACAGCGCCUGGUCGAACUUCACAUCCUCCAAGGAGUUCACAUGGAUGGAGCAGUGGAACGUCAACGAUGCCCCGGAUCGGCGAGUGCGAAGGUCGAUGGAACAAGACAACAAGAAGGCGCGCGAUGACGCCCGAAAAGACUUUAAUGAGGCCGUCAAAGAUUUAGCAGCUUUCCUUCGCAAGAGGGACCCUCGCCACAAGGCACAUCAAGUACGACAAAAGCAGUUGAAUGAAGCGAAAGCCUCUGGUUCCUCCACUCCCAACAAAGUUCCUAAGGCGUCUCCGAAGCCAAUACCAGAAUACGUAGAGCAAGAGUGGCAACGGGUCAGUCGCCGCGAGGGAGAAGAUGACCUUGAGUGGGCUGCUGGUGAAGGAGAGAAUCCCGAGGACUAUGAAUGCGUAGCAUGCAACAAGACGUUCCGGAGUGAGGCAGCUUGGAGCAGUCACGAGAGAAGCAAAAAACAUCUGAAGGAGAUAGAAAAGUUGAAGCGCAUGAUGCAGGAGGAUAACGACGAGCUUGGGCUGGACCCUGACGCUGGCACCGAUGGUUUGGGAGGCAACGACGAUAGUCAAAUUGGCACAGAUGAAGGGUUCGAAACGCCUGUAGGGCGCAAGUCUUCCCUGGACCCAAGCGAGCAACUAUACCCACCGGUUGAUGACCCAUCACCUACUCUCAAGCCGAAAGAUAGCACUCGACAAAACGUUGGCUCAGGGCAGAAACCACCUAAGAAGAAGACGAGAAAGGGUCAGAAAACUCCUGUUGAGAAUGUAGCCAAGAUUGCCGACAAAGACGACGCGCGAGGGUCGGACAUAGAGGUUGUGAAAAUAACUGAAAACUUCGAAAAAAUAGUUGAGGUGGAUACGACGCCGCAGCUGUCCAAGAGGGAGAAAAGGAAGCUCAGAGAAGCCAGGAAAGCUGAAGCAGAGUCGAAACCAGAACUUACUUGUAAUUUUUGCAAGGGCGGAUUUGAAAACAAAUCUAAACUGUUCGCGCAUCUCAAAGAGACGGGUCAUACUACUGCCGUAUCGGACGAUGCACCAACGGCACGCACCAAGAAGAAGGGAAGGAAGUAAACCAUUAAUCGACGAUAGAAUUUCCAGCGUAACGGAUACUCGGAUUCAUAGUUGACUCGUACAAAAAGCAAUAAGC